AAAAAAUGGGAAAAAUUUGUUCGGCCCUUUCUCUAUCUUCGUUUUUCAUCGCCGUCUUCCUCUCUCAAUUUCAUAAAUUUGCCAUGUAUCUCACCUCCGAAUCUCACAAAUUUUCAUAAUCGGUUGUUUGUAUCCACCUUGCCAUCGCUCCUCAUCGACCGUUCAUCGAGACCGAAACGACGGCGAUGUGACGAUUCUGAAGCAGGUUGCCGCCUCUGUUUGCCGGAAUUUCAGCUUUCACGGCCACCUACGCCGCAGCAUAAUCGUCCGGGUUAGUUCAAAUUUCAUUUUUUUCAGCAUUUAUCUAUGUACCCAUGUCUUUAUGUGCUUCUUCUAGUAAUUAUUGUGCUGAAAAAAUUCCGCACUUCGAUCAAUUUUUGGAUUUCAGCUGCUUCGCGUCAAUCCCCAAAUCCACAUUCAUCUUGCAGUGUUCAAAGGCUACUUAGUUUAAUUUGUUUUUUGGAAUUGAUUGAUGAAUUUCAAUUCUGUUGCUCUGAUUUCAAUGAUUCUGCAAAAUUGGGGAAAAUUAAGAUGCAGCUAAUGGUACUUGAACGUCUCUCAGCUUCGUCGUGGAGGCUUGAGCGGCAUGACGAGAUCGUUGGCAAAGAGCUUGUCCGCGAAAUCGAUUAUACCAUCGUGCCCUCCAUAGUAGUCGACGAAGCAGCCGUAGGUCGGGCCGAAGUGGAGGCAGCUGCUGCCGAUGCGAGAGGUACUAGAUGGUUUUGUCACCAGAUGUCAAGCUUUUUCCUGUUGCGGAGGCGUGAGUCCUAUCUGUGAUUUUCAUAAGUAUACUUGUUUGGGCUUAAACUGGAUAUCUAAACAAUAAACUGUAUGUGUGACCUGUUGGUAUGUGUAUCCUGUGUCUAGUUAGUUUAAUGCUUUAUCAUAAACUGGC